GAUGCUGAGAAUUCGCUUUUUUAUCCGAACGUGAUUCGAAUGAUGCAACCGUUAGUCAGGACGAGCUUGUACCGUUAAAGAAUACUCACAAGCGAUUAUUCUCUGAGACUGGUGAUGACUUGCCCUCAUCCCAUAUAAUAUCAGUAAUGGAACAAUACCGUGUGAAAUCAACAACCUCAAAAUACGAUCUUGUUCAUAGCUUCAUUUUAGACUUAACUCCCUGUUCACGGAUAGAAAAAGAGUUCGAACCCGAAUUUUGGGCUGAGCUUAUAGCAGACCGACCACCUGCAGCUAAUGCCAAAUAUUACGAAGAAAUUGGAACAAUUUGUGACCAUCUGUUCGGGUCUGCCAAUGAGAAGGUAAGGAGUAAGAGGCGACCCAAACUACACGAAUCCCGUGAUAAAUGGGAGAAAAUAAGGGAGUUAAAAGCUCCAGAACAUAAUGAUGAUUUUUCAUACUAUGGGGAAGACUGGAAGAAAAUCCUGUAUUGGGUCGAACGUGCUGUCGGAACAUUUUUAGAUGCUUUUGAAUCUGAAUAUAAUCCGAUUCAGCAAAACGAUUGUGGAGAAAGAGAAUGGUUCGGAGAAUACGUUCUUCCUAUUUUUCAGGGGGCUUUAAAAUUGAACAGUUUCUGUCGUGUCCCUUGGGGAGAAGUUACGGUAGUCGCCAGUUGUCGAAGACGAAACGAAGAUAAAAAUAAGAUAGAA